CCUCCUCUUCGGCCAUAACGAUUGGGAUUGCCAGCUGCAACCAUGUUGUACCAUCGUAUAGAUUCACUAGUUUGUGCUUCUAUCCUCCUUUCCUCAGUUACCUUGUCUCAUACUGCAUGUAUGUGAAGACGAAGAAGAAGCAAAUUGCUUAAACCGGAUAUUCCUGCGCGGGCCCUAAGCCUCUGGCUUGAUCACAACGUGUUGCUUGUUUCUGUUAUACUUGGGCGGAGUAUGAGUAUUUUUGACUCGUAUGGUCACUUCUCUUCAUCAUUGACCUUUGUCAACAAAAUAGCCCCAAGUCGACUACUUCCUUAAGGUCAUAUGAAGUUGUAGGUUAAUUUAUGUUGGAGAUAGUGACAAAGUUGGAGCUUUUGCCGAGUUGAUUAUGCACAAAAAAUUGGAAAGUGUUUGUUCAAGUUUUAAAAACUGACGUUAUGUCAAAUCAUAUACAGUAUAUAUGUUUUGCGCCAUUUAAGUGUUAAGCUAUUGCACUCUUAUCAGUAUUGCCUACUCCCUACUACUGUAUGUGACAAAGAGCUGUCAUCAACUGUUGGAUCUCGGGACUCACCUUAAGAGUUUUGCCUGCCACCCUUCUGAAGAGCAUUUGGUGAUAUUUCACAAUACAGUACUGUAUGUUGAAUUAAACCACUGGGCUUUACCACCAGAAACUGCAAUGUCCUAUCAGGAGCCAGAGCUGGUAAUAACAGUGAAGGACAAUGUGCGUAUUCUUAGGCUUAAUCGUCCAAAGAGGAAGAAUGCCAUAAAUGCAAAUCUUUACUUAGGGAUUAUAAAAGCAUUAGAAGCAGCUGCUGCUGAUCUAAAUACUGUGCUUGUGGUUGUGACUGGCACUGCUGAUUAUUUUACGUCAGGAAAUGACCUUGGUGCUAUUAGUCAGACUUUAGGAGGAGGCCCAUCAACUGUGGUAUCAGAGGAGAGUGCCAACAUCAGCGGUGAGCACACAAUGAAGGCGGCAAUUGGCUCUUCAACAGACAGGUUUAACAAAUUUGUGUCGGCUUUUAUUGACUUCCCAAAGCCACUGAUUGCUGUUGUGAAUGGACCCGCUGUGGGCAUUGGCGUUACAAUACUGGGACUCUUUGAUGUUGUAUAUGCUACAGACAGGGCAACUUUUCAUACACCAUUUGUAGAGUUGGGCCAGGCACCAGAGGGCUGCUCAACUUACAUCUUUCCCAGAAUAAUGGGACCAGGGAAAGCUGCAGAGAUGAUUUUGUUUGGUAAAAAGAUAAAUGCAGCAGAAGCAUGCAAGUUGGGUCUGGUAACAGAAGUGUUUCCUGAUGCAUGCCUGGAUCAGGUGUGGCCAAGGAUUUAUCAGUGGGCAAAGCUGCCUCCAAAUACUUUAAUCAAUGCCAAAGGCAUGCUUAGAUCUAUUAAAAAGGACUUGCUGCAUAAGGUCAAUGACAUGGAGUGUAAAAAUCUUGAAGAAAGAGUGCAAUCAGAUGAAUUCUUUACGGCCAUGAUGACUUUUUUCAGCAAGAGGUCAAAAUUGUAGAUGAAUAUGGCAACCUAUACUCGGACUAGUGAUUCUAAUGAAUGGUGUGCCACCCUGGUUAAAGCACCUGGGUAUUCAGAGUUACAGACCUGCUCCUGUGCCAGGUAAGUCCAAUACGGGUUCACCAUAGCCUGUGCUACUUGGAACUUUUGGUUCCGAAUAACUGAGUCUAAAACAACAACCUGGGCAUUUAUGUAGAUAUUUGUAAUGCUCUGAAGGCUUAACAUGUCAGUAACAUUAUAAUAGUAAAGUAAGUGCACUGUUCUAAACAAAAAUUAUACUGAAGAUUUAGUUUAGUAUAUAUAUAUAUAUAUAUAUAGAUAGACGUGUUAACCCUUAAAGAGAACAAAGUGGAGACUAAAACGGUCAGUAGUUUUGUACUGGGAAGACAGAACACCACGAGCAUAGCUCUUAUCCUGUAACUACACUGAGGUAAUAUACCCAAGAGUAAUUCAAGACCAUUUGUACACUACACAAGGUGUUGAAAUAAAUGGCAUGGGAAUCUGGUCUUAAGUAGACGUAGCAAGCAAUAUCGUCCAUGGAUGACUAAUCAUAACCCAUCCAGACACUAACCGGCUUGUACUGUUCCAGCUUAUAUUAUAGGACAUCUAUAUUUUGAUAACAUUACAUACUGACUAAACAAAAUAAUCUUUCCGCUCCUUAUCGGUACUUCCAACUUGGGUGUUAAUAAGGACUACUGCUGCUGCCAAGAGCACCACUCAGUCUGUAGUGUUCUUCAUUGGCAAAUUACCUGUGACUAAUUUAAUAGACAUAUAUAUAUUUA